UUUGUUUGUUUUGUUUGACAUUUGAAUUUGACGUUUGUGUUUAUGGACGCCGGGUAAAUGGCGGGCGUCCUUUUUUGUAUAACUUUGGUAUAAGGCCGCUGCUUUUCUCAAAAGUGAACUGUGUAUCUCAAAAUAAUAAGCAAAUCAUUAUAUCAAGAUGACGAUCGGAAAGAAUAAUAAGAUGCAACAGCAUCUAAACUAUCGCGUACGAGUGAUUCUACAGGAUUCUCGUACGUUCAUUGGGACAUUUAAAGCAUUUGACAAGCAUAUGAAUUUAAUUCUUGGAGACUGCGAGGAAUUCAGAAAAAUCAAGUCAAAAAACAGUAAGACGGCAGACCGAGAAGAAAAAAGAACGCUCGGUUUCGUAUUGCUCCGAGGGGAAAAUAUUGUUUCUCUCACGAUUGAAGGACCACCGCCCCCUGAAGAGGGCCUGCCUCGCGUACCACUGCCUGGGGCCAUGGGAGGUCCAGGUGCCGGCAGAUCAGCAGGCCGCGGCUCUGGAAUGGGCGGGGCUCCUCCAGGCCUACAAGGGCCUACUAGAGGCGUCGGGGGACCCUCUCAUCAACAUAUGGCACCAGGCAGAGGGCAGUUAUCAGCUCCUCCGCAAAUGCGCGGUGGACCUAUGAUGGGAGGACCACCUCCAGGAAUGAUGGGUGCACCCCCUGGAAUGGGAAGGGGUGGUCCAGGUGGUCGUGGACCACCUGGCAUGCGUAGAUACUAGGAUUAUUGAUGUGAUUAUUUCAAGUGUAAUAUUGUGUUUGACAAACUUUCAAAAAGGCUUUACAGCCUACUGUCUUACGGCCAAAAUAUGCAAAGUGUCCUGCAAUUGUGGAGUUCUUCAGUUAUUAUUGUUCUAAGUUGUGUAACAAAAGUAUACCUAAGAACCAUUUUGAUAAAUACAGAUAAGUAAUAUACU